CCUCUCUCACCAAAUAGCCACUUCUCUCAACUAAUAACAAACUGAGCUGCCCUCACUCCUAAGCCUUCACACACUCACUCUCUGUCUAGCACUCAAGCUAGCUAGCUACCUCAUUCUUCUAUAAACAGUAAAGGAAGAACAGAAGUAUAAAGGGAGUGAAAAUCCAUUGAAGUUAAGAUGGAAGGUGGGAAUUGGAAAUUGACCAAGAAUGACCCUUGCACCAGGUCAUGUUCCUACUCCUCCUCCUCUUCAAAGCCUUCUUCAAUGAUGAGAAGUUCAUCCCAGAAGAAGAGUUCUCUGCGCAGGAGCAGCUCCCAGAGGAUCAGUUCAUCUUCAUCUUCAUCUUCUUCAAACAAAUCUUGUUCCAACUUCACCAGAAAGUGCAGCAAUUUGGCAAAGGAGCAGAAGGCCAAAUUCUACAUUGUCAAGCGCUGUAUCGGAAUGCUCCUCCACUGGAAUAAGCACAGAGACUCUGAUUCUUAGCCCGCUAGCUAGCUGUAAUAAUAAUAAUUAGUUUAUUUAGUUUCAUUCUCCAGCCGGCCCGGCCAAGCCAGACCACCAAAAUUAUUCAUAAUUAUGUUAUUAUAUAUAAUAGUAUCAAUUAACAAUCCUUCUAUGCUAAUAAUUAAUAAGAUAUUGAGAUCUAUCCAUCCCCUGUUUCUUUGAAGAGCAAUGUGAAAUUAUUACAUCAUAAUCUCCUACAUCUAUCUUAGCUUCUUAU